AAGCGGAGCAGCGUGCAGAGCAACAUUCAAGCUGUGGAGAUGCACUGUAUGGAGAGAGUGAGUUAGACAGAGAGGAUGGGGGAGGAGAAAUGAAGAAAGGAUAGCUUUUUCACCUCUGUCUGUUUCCUUUCACUUCAUUUGUAUGUUUCUUGCUCUAUACAUUGCUUCAUGUGUUAUUCAGCUAAGUUACUGAUGGACUGCAUUUUGCUGCUGGUGCUAAUGCCGGCUGUCCUUGCUGAGCAUACAGAAAACAUGACGGGCAGCACUUAUCCUACUAGUCCAAUGACUCCUACUUGUCCCACAACCACCUGUAAGCCCUGCGAUGGGCCGUCGCCUCCUGUAGUGGGCAGGAUAAAGAUGAGAUGGGAGAAGGCCAAACCAUGUCAGGGCUACAUACUCUUCUCCAAAAAUUUUACAGAAAGCUCAAGGCAUCUGUGUUUCAGUCAUUAUGAUAUUAUAAGUACUCGUUUGGGUAAUGAGAUAUGUGAGGAGAGGAGAUGUGGAGAGUUCCUUGGCUUCAGGAAAUUGGGUAGUCCUUUACCUGGUUAUAUGAUCCAUGAAAACCUAACUGCGACCGAGAGCAGCAAGUGCAAGGGAACCUUCCUUACUUGCAAAGAUGCAGACAGCAAAGAACUGUUGGCCUAUAAAGUAGUAACAGGCUUGUUACUGACGCUGAUCAUUGCCGUCUUUCUCUGUCGAUUUCUGCAGCCAACGUACAUAGCUGUCCGCAAGAGAUUUUCACAGAAGCGGCAGAAUCGUUGGGUUGGCCCAACACAGAGUCAGAGUGUGUCCUACCAUAGAGGCAAUCAUCCCAAUAACAAUACAACGAAGAGGCAGUCCUAUCCUGGUUUGGAUAGUCUUAUGGUUUACCCCAGCAGAGAGCCUUCGUCGAACAGGAACAGUGACUACGACUCGUAUGGCGGUUAAUCUCCUCUCGUACAGUGUAGGAGUUUGUGAAAAUACUUCUUUUGAAGGCUCUGAUGUUACGUGAAGAUCAACAUGGUAUUCAUAACAGCCAGUCUGAGAUUAAAUUUUGGCAAAUUUCAAAAUAAUGUAUAGUAUUAGCCAGACUUACUUCAUCUGUACCCACACGUUCAAUCACUAUUAAUUUUUUUAAUUCAUAAAUUUGCUACUAAUUUAUUUGUUUUCACAUAUUUGAUUUGUUAUAAUACAUAAAUGUAUAAUGUUUCUGAAAACUUGUCCCACAUGGCAUACUAAAGAGUAUUGUUUAUUUAUUGGUUUGCUUUUUUGACCUGAGACUGAUUCAUAAACCUAACAAAAUUGUUCUUUAUCUGCUUGUUUUUACUCUGAAUUAUUACUAGUCUGUUAUUUUUCCUUGUACUGUUAUGUUAUUUAGGUUGUAUCUGUUUUGAUUUGAAUGAAUUUGUUCUAUUAUAGACAUUGAAUAUGUAAUGUAAUAUAGUUUCAAUGAAGCGUUUAAACAACUAUUUGGUAAUGCUUUACUUUAAGGUUCUUGUAACUAACAUUAUUUACUGCAUUAGUUAACAUAAACAUUAAUGCAUUAAUAAACAAAGUGAGUUAGCAUGUGUAUUGAUUGAGUUCAACUGUUAAUGAAAUACACUUGCAUUGACUGUUUCAAAAUAAGAGAAAAAUAUGUCCAUAUAAAUGAAUAAAAAUGUAAUUAUAAGCAUGAUGCUGUAUGUUGAUAGCUUCCUGAACUCCAGGUGUAAAUAUCAGAACUUGCUUUUUAGCCUCAGUUCAAAAUGUUACCAGAUGAACAUCAAACAUGAACAUAAUUAAGGCGUUGGUUCGUUUUCUUCAGUGUGGGAUUUGUUUUAGUCCCCGAUGUUAUGAACAUGGAUUUAUUCAUGUGUUAACUAUUUGGCUUAUUUAGUGUUUAAGCUAUUAAGUGUUAAUUAUUUUAGUAACUACUACUGGUUUAUUUACUAAUGUGUUGCAUAAUGUCAGUUAAGUGGACCUUAAUGUAAAGCAUAAUCAUGAUGUCUUAUAAAUAAAGCUUGAUGAAUCUGUGUCUCUCUCUCUCUCUCUGUCGCUCUGUGUGUGUGUGCGUGUGUGUGUGUGAGAGAGAGAGAGAGAGAGAGAGAAAGCAUGAUUCCCACUGUGUGAAUUUGGUUGGAGAUGGUGGUGGGGAGGGGAGUGUGACAGCAGGUGAUGAUGGGAGACAGGCAGAGAGGAAUAUGAAUGCACAGCUUUGCAGCGCUGUGGUUUCCUGUCAUGUUUGGACUAACUUCCUGUUUGUGUUAUUUCUGUCGUUCAUUCUUUCUCUUGCUCUAAAAAUAUGGCAGGUUCUUCAUCUGCUUCUUUCAGAAUGCAGGCAUUUCACUCACCAUUUAUUUUCUCUCAGUCCAUUAUUUUCUCUUUCAUGUCUUCCUUCCUUUCUUUCUAAUAAUGUUGUGUAUUAUUGGGUAGGAUUUUCCUGAUUUUCACCUUACUCUUUUCCAUCCUUAGCUUAGCCAACUAAAUGAUUUUUGUUGACAUUAUUGAUCAAAAGCAUUAUGAAUACUGAAACAUUUAAGACUAAUGCACCUGUGAGAUAGGCAUGUUUGGUUAAGAAUAUUUGUACUAGAUAACUGUAACUGUAUGUGCGUCAGCAUCUUUCCCAUAUAUCUGUUUAUAUGUGUAUUUGAUCAUAUACAGAUUUUUUUUUUUUUUUGCUGCAGAUGCACAUAGACAGCUGACGUGUACAUGACGUAUAAAAAGGCAUGGGAAAGCAGUUUACAUUGUGGGUGCUGGAAUUUUAAGCAGCAUACAUGUGAUGUACGCAUUAUUAUUAUUAUUAUUAUUAUU